GAGAGAGAGAGAGAGGGGGAGGUGGGAGGGAAGGAGAACGAUGAUUGAAAAAGAUUGAAAGUUUGGGAAUGUUGCAUUGGCGAAAGGUAGUUUCGGAUGGCAUUUUCAGCCUAGAGUUUCUCCACCGGUGUCUUCGGAAGAAGUCUAGCCAUGGUUAUAGGGGUAGCAGAGUUGGAAACAAUGAAGAAGGUGAAGAACAACUACGCCUGUUCAAGAGCAAAGGUCAGCAUCUUUUGACCAACAACCGAGUACUCGACUCAAUCGUUCGAACUUCAAGCAUAAAACCUGACGAUAUUGUUCUCGAAAUCGGUCCGGGCACGGGGAAUCUCACUCUAAAGCUCCUUGAAGCUGCUAGAAGAGUUGUCGCUGUCGAAAUCGACCCUCGGAUGAUCGAUGUUCUUCGUAAGCGCGCCGCUGAGAGAGGAUUUCUUGAACGCUUGAAUGUGAGAGUUUUCAGCUUUAUCAUCAAUGGCGACGCACUGAAUGUUAAAUUGCCAGAAUUCAAUCUGGUUGUGGCCAACAUUCCAUAUGGUAUAUCGUCUCCAUUAUUGGCUAAAUUAGUGUAUGGGGCGAAGGUGAAACCAUUUAGGAGUGCUACACUGUUGCUCCAGAAAGAGUUUUCGAGGAGGUUACUAGCAAAGCCUGGUGAUUCUGAGUUCAAUAGAUUGGCUGUGAAUAUUAAGCUGAUGGCCGACGUAGAGUUUGUAAUGAAUGUGAGCAAGAGGGACUUUGUACCCUGUCCCAAGGUGGAUUCCUCUGUUGUCAAAAUUUAUCCUAAAAUUGAGGUCCCGGAAGUGGACUUGAACGAGUGGUGGGCUUUCACGAGGACUUGUUUUAGCAAAAAAAACAAGACUUUAGGUGCAACGUUCAAGCAAAAGAGGAAGUUAAUGGAGCUAAUGAAAUUGUCGGAAGGAAGUUCCUGUGUAGAUUGUAGUUCCAAGUCAUCUUAUUAUGACAGCAGUAGCGAAGAGGAUGAGGAGGUUGUAAGGGAUGGAAGGCACGGUGAUUUGAUUAUGGGAUUUGGAAUUGACGUCAGCUCUUUCAGGAAGAAAAUUAUAAGCAUUUUGGAAUGUGGUGGAUAUUUGGAUAAGAGGCCCUCGAAACUAUCCAAUGACAAUCUUCUGCAGUUGUUAUUUCUGUUCAAUGAAGCUGGGAUAUAUUUUCAUGAUCGAACAAAGCCAAACGAAGCAUGUGACAGCUCAUGAUGAUAUGAUGUCAGAUGUAUGUUAUUAAGGUUGUUCUUUCUUGAUCUUCUUACAGGUUACAUCUGCUUCAAGCAUGGUGUAUGAUUGUAUUAUUGAGCUACCACUUAUUGUCGGGAAUGUAUGAAGAAUAUUGUCCAAUGGUGUAAUUAUUUUGACAAAAUUGAAGGAACA